AUGAGUAAAACAGAAAUUGGAAAACAGGAACCUUUAGAGUCUACAGAAACCGGUUCCGGGAUCAAUGCAAUGACAAACAAGUUGUUGGACGAUGUUUCCAAUGAAUUUGAAAACUUGCGAAAACAGUUUGUCGAAAAGCUGGAAGCAAUGACCAACCGACUUGACAGCUUGGAGGAUUCUAUGAGGACUUCUUUCAGCUCAUCACCAUUGGCGUCGCCAUCUGCUACAAAUCCUACGUCGAAUCCUUCAACCAUAGGAGAAGACCAGAAGCAAUGA